UCCGUUUCCGGCACUUCCCUUCCCGUCUUCCGUAUCAAUACCAACAGUGAGUGCUUUCUUCUCUCUGUUUCCUCGAGUCACUCCCAGAUUAGUGGUGUCUAGCUCAGCACUGUUUCCGUUGUACUUCAUUCAUAAUUCCCAGCACUGUUGGACGAGGAUGACAAGACUGCCUGUGGCCAUGAGCCCUCCCCGGUGCUCCUGGGGUUAAGGCUGGGGCUGCAGCCAUGGGGCUGGAUCGGCCCCAGGCCUGGUUGCUGGGUCUGCCCACAGCUGCGGUCUAUGGCUCCCUGGCUCUCUUCACCACCAUCCUGCACAAUGUCUUCCUGCUCUACUAUGUAGACACCUUUGUAUCAGUGUACAAGAUCAACAAAAUGGCCUUCUGGGUCGGAGAGACGGUGUUUCUCCUCUGGAACAGCCUCAAUGACCCCCUCUUCGGCUGGCUCAGUGACCGGCAGUUCCUCAGCUCCCAGCACCGGUCAGGCGCUGGGCUCUCCUCAAGGGCUGUGGUGCUGGCCCGGGUGCGGGCCCUGGGCUGGCAUGGGCCGCUGCUGGCGCUGUCAUUCCUGGCAUUCUGGGUGCCCUGGGCCCCAGCUGGCCUGCAGUUCUUGCUGUGCCUGUGCCUCUAUGAUGGCUUCCUGACGCUCGUGGACCUGCACCACCACGCCUUGCUGGCCGACCUGGCACUCUCAGCCCACGAUCGCACCCACCUCAACUUCUACUGCUCCCUCUUCAGCGCAGCCGGCUCCCUCUCUGUCUUUGCCUCCUAUGCCUUUUGGAACAAGGAGGAUUUCUCCUCCUUCCGCGCUUUCUGUGUGACACUGGCUGUCAGCUCUGGGCUGGGCUUUCUGGGGGCCACACGGCUGCUGAGGCGGCGGGUUGAGGCCGCCCGAAGGGACCCAGGGUGCUCAGGCCUGGCUGUGGAUUGCGGCCUGUGUGGAGAGGAGCUGCUUGUGGGCAGUGAGGAGGCAGACAGCAUCACCUUGGGCCAAUAUCUCCGGCAGCUGGCACGCCAUCGGAACUUCCUGUGGUUUGUGAGCAUGGACCUGGUGCAGGUCUUCCACUGCCACUUCAACAGCAACUUCUUCCCUCUCUUCCUGGAGCAUCUGUUGUCUGACCAUAUCUCCCUUUCCACGGGCUCCAUCCUGUUGGGCCUCUCCUAUGUCGCUCCCCAUCUCAACAACCUCUACUUCCUGUCCCUGUGCCAGCGCUGGGGCGUCUACGCGGUGGUGCGGGGACUCUUUCUGCUCAAGCUGGGCCUUAGCCUGCUCAUGUUGUUGGCUGGCCCGGACCACCUCAGCCUGCUGUGCCUCUUCAUUGCCAGCAACCGCGUCUUCACUGAGGGCACCUGUAAGCUGCUGACUUUGGUGGUCACCGACCUGGUAGAUGAGGACCUGGUGCUGAACCACCGCAAGCAGGCAGCCUCGGCACUCCUCUUUGGCAUGGUUGCCCUGGUGACCAAGCCAGGCCAGACCUUUGCCCCGCUGCUGGGCACCUGGCUGCUCUGUUUCUACACAGGUCAUGACCUCUUCCAGCAGUCCCUGAUAACCCCGGUGGGGAGUGCCCAUCCUUGGCCAGAGCCCCCAGCCCCAGCCCCUGCACAGGCCCCGAUGCUCCGCCAGGGCUGCUUCUACCUGCUGGUGCUGGUACCCAUCACCUGUGCUCUGCUGCAGCUCUUCACCUGGUCCCAGUUCACGCUGCACGGGAGACGCCUGCACAUGGUCAAGGCCCAGCGCCAGAACCUGUCACAGGCCCAAACCCUGGAUGUUAAGAUGGUGUGAGAGCUGUGGCAAGGCCACCCCACUGAGGACGCUGCCGGCAGCCU